AGUUGGGAAACCAAAGGUGGGGUGACAUCUUCCAGAAGAUUCGGUGGAGUUCUUCUGAACCUGGAAGUCAAUGCGAUUAAUGUCUUCCGUCCGUUUGGGUGAGAAUCAGAAGGGGGCGACAUCUUCCGGAAGUGGAAGAAGGGUUGCCAUUGUACGAAUUUAGGACGAGGACGAUAGUUUGCCUUUGGUACCUGCCACGGAGUGAAAAGACACGAUGGGAUGCGAUGGAGGAACCAUUCCCAAGAGACACGAGCUGGUGAAGGGGCCUAAGAAGAAGGCACAGAAUGACAAGGAUGCGGACCUGGCGGCACGCUGGUUUUAUUGCGCGCUGAGUCAGCAGCCACUUCGUCCCCCUAUAGUGGCCUGUGAACUCGGCAGGCUGUAUAACAAGGAUGCCGUCAUUGAGUUUUUGCUGGAGAAGAUUUCGGAGAAAGUAGCUGUGGAGACUUCUGCUCACAUCCGCACCCUCAAGGACUUGACCGAGCUGCGCCUGACGGAGAACACGCUGUGGCAGGGCGAGCAUGCACACAGCAAGGGCGGCCAGACCCCCAACAUCCCCGCCCCACGUUUCUGCUGCCCCCUCAUCGGCCUUGAAAUGAACGGGCGCCACCGGUUUGUGUUCAUUCGGGGAUGUGGCUGCACUUUCUCCGAGCGAGCUCUCAAGGAGAUAAAGUCCAACGCCUGCCUCAAGUGUGGCGUGACAUUUCAGGACGACGAUGUUGUGGUGCUGAACAGCUCCGCAGAGGAGGUCAAGCAGCUGAGGGAGCGCAUGCUCGAGCGUAGAGAACGUGCCAAGAUUGAACGGAAACUGAAGAGGGUGAAAUCCAAUGGCUCACAGAGCACUAAAGCACUUGAAGAGCCAGGCACAUCCGCUCAUGUCUUCAAGAGACCUUGGCCUGUGGCAGCAAGUCCUGCGGUGGAGGAGGUGGGGCUCAGGGCGGAGAAGGUUGCACGCCUCCCCGUGGAGAAGGUUGGCCCUACUGUGGAGGAGACCCACCUUUCAGUGGAGAAAGUUGGCCCCACAGAAGAGAAGGUUGGCCCUACAGAGGAGAAGCUUGGCACCACAGAGGAGAAAUUGGCGGCGGGGUCCGCAGGAGAGGUGAAGAAUGGCAAGAUGCCUGCCGGCAAGCAAGGACGGGAGGGGAAGCGAGCGGUGGGGGCUGAGGACACAAAGACGGACAAGAAAGACGCGAAGCCCUGCUCGGAGACAUACAAGUCCCUGUUCACCUCUCACAGCUCGGCCCAGAAGGAGACGGCUCACUGGGUCACCUACAAUCCCUACUACAAUUGAGCUCGAGUGUGUUUUCGUUACAUAUACAUGCACGAACACGCUCACGCACAUCUUCCCCAAACCCUCGGAGCACUGGAAGAUAUUUCAGCAUUUAUGGAUGUAGUGGAAUGUUUCCUAAGUUUUUAUUGAUCUCCCGGUGUGGCAGUUUGAACAUGAGUCAAUUUUCAUAAAUCCACCCCCUACCCCGCCUCUGUCUACCCAGCAGUGUGGCUCGGUACACCAGUCACUCUGCAAAUUCUGUGUGUGUCCAUCGUGGAAGAGCAGGCCAAAAUAACCUGUAGAGGGCCUCUCCAGAGCUCCCUCAAGUGGUGCCCCUUGCUCCAGCAGUAACAUGAGCAGGGCUGCACCUUUUCAUCUUGAGCAAUACAAGUUAAUGUUAGAUUUGGAGUGGUGGCAUAGUGCACUGCACAAUGAAGCCCGUGCCUGAGUUGUAUUCCUGGCCGUGGCUAACAGUGAUUAGUGAUAUCUAAGCUGGUCCUGAGCAUCCCGUCAACUUUGCCAACCAGCAUUGACUAUACUUCACCAUGUGAAGUACAACCCCCAUGACUGACGCAGCAUUGGGAGGGCUUCAUCUCACGGUGAAUUGACAAAGGUGCUGUACAUUAUUAAAUUAAUGGAUGAAAAUAAGACGAUACUCUUUUUCAAUAUGCUUACGAGUUAUGAUUGUGUCUUUUUAUUCUCAACAUAUUUCCAUCAGGAAACAUUGUAAUUGUUCCAUGAAGAGCCUGGGACUUGUUGAGCCUCUCUGAAUAAAGAACAUUGCUGUAAUUA